UCAGCAUCGACAAAGCCGAGACAUAUUUUUUUCGAAGAUCGACCGUGAGACCGACGAGAUGGCCAACCCGGAAACAUCAGAUCCCGCUCAAUUGGCGGUCGCCGUGAUGGAUUACGAUCCCCAUGAGUUGCUCGUUCUCCUCAACACAAGUGAAUCUUUCGAAGAUCCGAGAAGGCAAGCCGUGGGUAUUGAAGUCACCCGUCGAUUGGAACGAGAAAAAACGUAAUUAUGAUGAUCCAGUCAACCAAAACUAUUCGGCGAAGGGCCUCUACGUUGAAGCGCACCUAAAUGAGUUUGUGGAUCUUGUCUGACCGAGUUGUUGAGUGUGGUGCGGCGGGAAGUACUUAAGUUACCUGUAGUACACACCAGAACCGAGACGUUGUUAAUACUAGUUGCACGAGUUUAAAAUCAUGCCUCCAAAGUGGCGAGAUGACAUCGAGAAUUGUGUAGUCAAUGAUUCCCCGAGCAGACAAUGAGAGGUAGCUCAAUUGAUGGUUACUAAUAACUGGUCAAAAAAAUAAUACAACGUAUCCAUCGAUUUUUGAAUGACGGAAAGCUCUGUGGCGACUCGUGUUGCCAAUAGUGGAACUUUUAUU